CCAAGACAUUGGGUAUUGUAUUUAAGCGCUAUGUUUAUAAAUUGCGGUACUUGAGCUUGACGACAGAAAUACUUUAUGGCUGCUUCUUCUGUGAGUCACAACCCAUGGUGGAGUUUCUUUGUUUGGUUCAUUGCUGUGAACUGUUGGCCAUUACUGUAAAUUUCAGUUCACAAGGCUUGCUCAUAUUGUACAUAAGACGCAUCUACUGUACGAUGUACUGCGCUUGGGUCAAUAAUAAUUCUGUUCAUGUGGUCAACCUAAAACACCGUCAAUAAAUUUAAAAAUAUCCCAUCACAUUGAUACGAUAUGUGACAUGUCACAUAGUACUGUCAAUGGAUUUCUUUGUAGUGGUUGCUAUUAUAGUUAGUUAAUAAAAGGUUGUCUAUUAUUUAGCCAAGAAGGUCACUGGGCCUCGAACGUAAGCAUUCCGGUCUUAUUUCGCAAAACAGGAAUCUAUGUUUGGAGAUAGACAUUCCACAAUUAUAUAUAUAAGUUGCUCAGAUAAAUCGACAGUUUAGUUUGAUAUAAUGGAGGGUAUUUUAUUAAAAUGGACAAAUUAUGUUAGUGGUUGGCAACAACGAUAUUUCAUUUUGGAUGAUGGAGUUCUGUCAUACUAUCGAUCCAAAGAAGAAAUGAAUAGUGGAUGUAAAGGAUCGGUCAAAUUAUCUGUAUGUGAUGUUAUAGUUCAUAGUUCCGAUCCACGAAGAUUUGAUUUGAUCCUUGGUGAACAAAGAUAUUAUUUGCGUGCUUUAUCGCGGGCAGAUCGACAAAGAUGGGUUAUAGCACUUGGUAGUUCAAAAGUAGGCACUGCACAAUUAAAGUCAGAAGACGUAAAUAUAUAUGAACCUUCACAGACCCAAUUAAUCGAUAAUCAUCGUUCUGAAUUGCGUCUUUAUCAUAAUUUGAUGGUACAACAAGUUAAAGAGAUUCAAAGUGAACUAAAAGAAGGUACGGUCCCAGAUAUGAAUCGUAUUGAUGAAUUAACUAGUAUGUUAAACGCAUCUUGCUCCACAUUCUUAAUAACGUUGGAUGAAUUAAUGAUUUUAAGUAAUGCACAAGCUCCAUGGUUAAGUUCCAUUGUAACAGGAACAGCAUUGGAGACAAGUCCUACUAUAUUUCGAAAUACAUCAUGUCUUACCAAUACAGAUCCUUCUAAUAUACAUUCACCAAAUAUGAGUAAUAAUCUUUGUUCUUCAUUGACGAAUGAUCCUGUCUUUCGAAAUUCACAUGCACAAUCAUCAUUGAAUCGUCGUCACUUCAAUGCUACACGAAAAUAUCAAACUUUUUUUUCUACUUUAGAAUAUAGUUUUGAAGAGAUUAAACCAUCUAUACCUAUUCAACCAAUUCCAGAUAAUGAUGAUGAAAUAAAACUACCUGGUGAUUAUUUAUCAGCAUUAGAAUUUGUUAAAGCAUCUAAAUGUUUAUUGCAUUUUCUUGAUCGAUUAAAUAAUAAUAACAAUAAUAAUACUAAUCAAACUAAUUGUACAUUAUCAACUACUUCACGUACUUUUAUUGCAUUACAACAAAUUCGUCAUCGUUUAUUAACUUAUUUAAAUUGUAUUGAAUUUCAUGUUGAAAUGCAUACUUCCACAACAAAUAUUAUUAAUAAUCAUCAUAAUCAUACUACUGAUAUGAAUACUACUGUUAUCGAUGGAACAAAUGAAAACUUAUCAAUAGACAGUAAACAUAAUAAUCAUGAUACAAAUGUAAACAAUCAUUGUAAUAUUUUAUUUAAAAAAGCUCAACUCAGCUUAGGUUAUCUUUUACGAUAUGAAGUGAAACAUAAAGAAUCUAUUCAAGAAAAUAAUAAUUCAGUUUAUAUGGCUAUUCUGUGGUUAUGUAGAUGGUUGAAUUUUGUCAGAGAAUUUAUUCAUCAUUUAUUCUGUUCACCGGAUCCAUCUUCACUUAUUAAUAAUACAUUAAAUACUGAUACAAGCCUUGUUACUAUAGCAAAUGAAGCGUAUACACGAUGUUUACGACCUUUUCAUUCAUGGUCUGUACGAGGUAUGGCUAUGGUUAUUAUACAAUCACUUCCUUCACGUUUAUACUUAUUUGAAUUAUUAUUAAUGGAUAAUCCAGAAACAAUUCCAUCGUCAAUCACUUCAUCGACUGGAUUACCUCUUGGGUCUUUCAAUGAAACUAAAUCAUUAUUAAUACGUUAUCCAGAGGCAUAUAUUCAAUUAAAAUCAGAUGCUACACGUUAUUCCGAAGCAUUAGGUCGUUUCUUAACAUUAAUCGAAGGUCUUUUAGCCAGUUUAGAUUUAAAUCGUAUAUUCACUGGGUCAGAAAGUUAUUAAUAUAGAGAAUGAGGACGGGGGGGUGUGUGUCUGUUUCGUAACUUUAUCUUCUUUAAUCCUCAUCAUAUCAGUGUAAUUUCGUUGUUUACAUUGAACACAUUCCUUACUUUGUUUUUAUAUAUUAUGGCUGUUUCUAAUAUCAACCUAUAAACUAUUCAUUUAAAACUAUUUUUCUAUGUAUAGUCUCUUUUUUUUGUUUUUAUAAUUUUUUUGUUUAUAUGUGUUGUCUUUUUGUUUGUGUGUUUGUUAUUUCCUUUUUUUCUUUUAUUUUUUUCUUGUUCUUUUUACUCGAUGAAUUAUUUAUUGUGUUUUUUUCUCUCUCUCUCUCAUCAUUCAUAAGCAUAUUUAAACUACAGAUUGAAAGAGUAAGUGGUGGAAUCAAUCAUUUCAUGUUUCGUUUGUUUGUUUGUUUGUUUGUUUGUGUUCGUAUGUGUACACUUCAAAGAGAGAAAGCGAGAGGGAAAUAUGGGGGGGAGUAAUUUCCACCCUGUUUUCCAUUUCAUAUGUUUUAGUUGCCAACGCUCUACAUCUACUCAUAUAUAUACAUAAUUAUUGUCAUUGUCAUGAUACAAUUUGUUACGUAUCUAAUUUAUUCGAUGCAAAAUUUGUUGCGUAAGAGUUUAUUCUGUUUGUUAUUUCAAUGAAAUUUUAUGUAUUUUUUAUUCAGUUUAUCAGGAUUAUAUCCAGAUUUUAUGUACACGAAUUUGUGUGUAUUCACCAACUUAUUUAUAAUUAAUCUAUCAAUCAUGAUGAUUUAGUCCUUUUUGUUUAAUACUGAUUGAAUUAUAUCCACCAAGUUACAAUGUGACUAUUAGUCUAACUGACUUGACAUCAUAUGAAUCAUGUUUUUAUGACUUGUGGCCUUGUGUCCCAUUAAUAUGUGAUGUGAUGAUACUGCUCAUUAGAGAACAAUGACUUGUCGACCGGACCAAUGACGUAUAAACCCGUACGAACAAUCUGAAGUCCUUAUUGAUCCUUCUUCCUGCCUAACCCUACCUGUUCGAGUUCAGAACACCAAUCUCAGCCUCUGACAUAUGAAUAAUCUUUUUC